GAACGUGCCAUGAGCCAAUCAGAAGCGAGUUCUAACCGCGGGAGAUCUAAAUUUCGCGGGACGAGGUUUGGCGCUAAAAAAGCUGUUCUUUCCCCAGCUCUUGUCCCCUUGUAUGGAGAGCAGAGCUCCGAAGAGGACGAAUAGGAGGCACAGACCGGGUCGGAUUCUGCUUCAGAGGAAAGCAUAAUAAGCUGUGAAUCUCAAGGAAGAACCCGAUCUCAAUGAGACCUGGAAGCCUUCUGGUACUGGACUUCAGUAUACUGGCUGUUUGAAAUUACAGUUAUUUAUUUAGUCGGCAGUUUUUGAAUAACUUGUAAGGCAAGUUUCCUCUGCACUUUGUCAACUGGACAAAGGAUAACAACACCGACGUGUCUGCUAUAUUUACUGACGAAUAUUAUUAGAAAGUGCGGCUGAAUUGCUAGUUUAACUCAUGCAUUUUGCAUUUAAUAGCCCGAUCUCAGCUGUAUGAGUUGCUCCUGGCUAUUUUAGGCCGGGUUACAAAUAUAUUUUCAUACACUGCCUUUAGCAGCAGCAGUUAGCUAACAUCAGGGAGCAGAACACCGAGUGCUUAUCGACCAGUACAUUUCUCCAUUCGCUUGACCAAUCCGGUUAAAUUUAGUUUACUCAGGAAAAUGAUGCGGAUGCCUAAAGGCGUCUCUCCGGCAUCUGGUCGGCAAGCAGUUGGGCUGUCCUGCUCUCAGCAGAAGAUGAAGGUUUUGUCCACCGGAGGAGUGAAGACCGAGUUCUUUAGCACCGGACUGUCCAGCCCGCUGAUGAACACGGUACCGAGCGGCUACUUCACCCAGAUCUGCAACACGGCCGUGGCCGAACAAAGAGCCAACAGCCUGUAUUCAACCCCCCACGGACCAGAGGCUAAACCCAUCAGAUCAUCCUCCGGUCGACUGCCGGCUAAACGAAAGCUGGAUCUGGAGGACCCUCUUUACCUGCCAGAGUUCCGAACACCUAAAGGCAAAUGCAGCAUCGCAGCCAGAUUGCCAAGUCCACGGACUCCAAAGUCUCCGGGUGAGCGCACACGAUACGACACCUCCCUCGGCCUGCUGACCAAGAAGUUUGUGGGCCUGAUCGCCGAGUCUCCUGAUGGAGUUCUUGACCUGAACUGGGCCACAGAGGUUCUGGAGGUCCAGAAAAGACGCAUCUAUGACAUCACCAACGUCCUGGAGGGAGUCCAGCUCAUCCGAAAGAAGUCCAAGAACAACAUCCAGUGGCUGGUUGGAGAUGUGUUUGAGGGUGGUGCUGGUGGAGGACAGAAGGCAUGCUCCCUCAGGAAGGAGCUUGGUGAACUGGAGAGAGUAGAGAAAUCUCUGGAUGAGCUGAUCCACUUCAGCACCACACAGCUCAAACAACUCACCGAACACGAAGACAAUCAGAGGUUGGGCUAUGUGACGUAUCAGGACAUCCGCUCCAUCAGUAGUCUCCGAGACCAGACUGUCAUUGCUGUCAAGGCCCCUGCUGACACCAAACUGGAGGUGCCAGACACGGCGGGGGGGUCAUUACAGAUCUAUUUAAAGAGUAAGAAUGGCCCCAUUGAAGUCUACCUGUGUCCAGAGGAGGGCCUUGAAGAUGCCAGCCCAGUGAAAAGUGCUGCCACCCCUAAAAAAGAGUUCCCUCCACCCCUCUGCCCUCCACCUACAACCACAGUGGUGCAGACAAGCUACAACGUCAAAGAGGAGCCCGCUGAAUCCAACAUGUCUACAUCUGCUUCAGCUUCCGGUACGUCUCUGCUGGACGUCGAGGGUCUGCUGGGUUUGCCCCCUAGCCUGCUCCAGAUCACCGAGGACCAGCUUCCUUCAUCCUCCUUCACCCCAGAUCCCAGCACCCCCUUUGUCAGUUUCUCUCCACCUUUGGACCACGACGAUUACCUCUGGAGCCUGGAGGAUGGCGAGGGGGUGUCAGAUUUCUUUGAUACAUAUGAUCUUGGAGAUCUGUUGUCGAGCUGAGGUACAGAUUGAGGGGGGGUAUUUAACUGAAUGCCUUCUCAAGGUAGGAAAUAUUACACUAUGAAGCCAUUGCUCUUUGUUUUUCAGCAUUUCUGUUUCAAUGUCAGUGAUUCCAAAGGAGUAGUUAUCUUCUUUGUUUAAUACAGUAAAAAUCAUUUGUACAUAUGAUUGUGAAAAAGGAUGUGACUGGAAAGUCAGGUGAUGCUGACCAUUAGGAAACACUGUUUGAGAAGCAAGGAUUGUCUUAGAUUUUCAGUCACGUUUUCAGAUGGCGCUACAAAAAUAAUAAUAUAUAAACUCAUUAAAAAAGCAGAAGUUAUUUCCACAUCACCAGCAACAAAAUCUGAUGCAUCUGAGUAUCAGGCAGUGUUUACAGUUUGCAAACUCAGGAAUUUUUUGUUUCCAAAGUCUAAGUGUUUGUUCCACUCUUGGCCCGUAGGGGGCAGCCUUGUAUUAUGUCAGCUUUAACUGCCAUGCAGCUUUAUGGGAGCCAAUCACUGGGCGAGGGUGAGCUGACCAAACAAAGCUGUGAAUAAUCAAUCCUUGUAGAUCCACAAGCAUCUGCAGCUUACUGCAUCACAUGAAACCUAUUUUUGAAGGUUUUCAUGUUACUCCUGUCCGAUCAGGAACUGCCUUAAGCUUUAUGUCAGGCCUUGUACCUGUUUGGUGCCGCAUCAUGUGCCAAAUAUGGAACGUAACCUCGGACAGCCGAUACUGUCAGACACAGAGUUAAUGAUUGUAAACAUAUACAAUCUCCAAGCAAGAGAGUCACACUCACUCUUGUUGGUUUGGCAGCUUUAUUUCAAAUCCAGGUGCUCCUCUAUAGAGUUUGCUGAUUUUAAUAGAAGAUUUAUUUUCAUUUAGUAGUCUAAAACUACUAUUGUAUUUCUGAGGAAAUAGUCCAAAAAAAUAAAUUAAAUGCAGCAUCUGUGCUGCAAAGGGUUAACUGAUGUAAUUAAGAUUUAAUUAGAGUAGUGAUUUCUUUUUUCUCUUCUCCUGAAAUGAAUGAAGUCUGUUGAAUCCCAACGGAAACUGAAAGAAAUUAGGAUUUUUACUGUUCAGAUUUUAAGCCCACGUGGGGCCAUCCGAGGGCGGAGCGGCCGUGACUUUUAUCUGUUCGAUGUUUAUUUCGAAUUGUUCGAGACAUUUGGUAAAUUUGAGUUUCACGCUGAUGUGUUUUUGGCUUUCCCUCUUCGUUGCAGAGAUAAGCUAACUGUCCUGUCCUAACAAAACUUGAAAAAGGUGUGUUUUUGUGUGUGUAUUUGACAGCUUGGGAAAUGGGUGUCGUGGUGCGUAAGUGUGUGAGGUUUUACAAUGUAGAUUAGAGAAUGUGAAUUCAGAAUUUGUAGUUUUUUUUUUUUUUUUAAAGAGCAUUAUUUUUUUGGUAUUUGUACAUAAUUUUUGUAUUUAUGCCUAUUUUUUUUCUUGAAAUUUUUUAAAAAAAUUGGAACUGCUCUUUUUUACAGAAGGCACAAUUGUUUUUGUAUGACGUGCAGCACUUAAUAUUUUGUAAUAUUGUGUGGCCUGUUUGAAAAUGAUUAAAUAAAUACUGAAGCCAUGUUUUACCCUUGG